UAGCAUUGAGAGGCAUUGAGUUAGCCUUCUGUUCUGUGAUUACGAUUGUGCAGGUGUAGAAGAUAGAGGAUCAGUCGCGCCAGACGUAUGCCAAAACGUUAUUUCCUGUGUCAACUCAAGAACCAUGGUUUGUGUUUCUAGAAGGAGAUUUAUAAGAAGGUACUGUAUUCAGUUAUAAUGUGAUAUUUGAUCAUAUUGCUAUACUCCUGUUUGUACGUAGCAUUAUGAAGCAAGUGCUCAGAGGAAUAGCCAUACUUCUCACCCUAUUUUAUAUUCCACUACUCCUCUACAGUCUAGGAUUAAUUCUGUUUGGCACAUUAAGAGCUGUAGUAUGCAUUUUAAUUGUAAUGUUUGGAUUCAUACCAGUAUUGUUCAGAUAUACAUACCCUUUGCAGAGAACCGUUAUAUUUCUCAAUUUUGUAAAAUGGCCUCGCAUUGAAGAUUUGCGUACCCCAGAAAAAUGUGGGCUGCCAUCAACCAGAAACUUCUAUAUUACAACUGAUCAAGGUGUCACCCUUGGAAUGUGGCAUAUAUUGCCAGCGUCAUUAAUGAAUGAUUCGAUGAAUGCUAAUGACUCAUUCUAUGAAGAAUUACUGAGUCAUGGAGAGCCAGUGAUAGUGUACAUGCAUGGAAACUCAGGUUCCCGAGGCAGCCCACAUCGUGUUGAGCUGUACACCCUGCUUAGGAACAUGAAUUAUCAUGUCAUCGCCUUUGACUACCGGAGUUAUGGUGAUUCAAGUUCUGAUACUCUGUCAGAAAUGGGUGUAGUGUCUGAUGGGAAAUAUGUGUUCGAAUGGAUUCAGGAAAGAGUGAAGACAUCCCCGUUAUAUGUAUGGGGUCACUCACUUGGCACAGGCGUAUCUUCACAUGCUUUGUCCUUACUUGCUCAAGAAGGAAAGAAAGCAGAUGGGCUGAUUCUGGAAUCACCGUUUAACAAUCUCCGGGAUGAGCUCAAAGAACACCCAUUCUCAAAGCUCUACAGACAGCUGCCAUGGUUUGAGUACUUCUUCGUGGAUCCUGUUGGAGAGAACCAGCUGUUAUUUGAAACAGACAAACAUUUGGGAAUUAUCAAAUCACCAGUUCUGAUACUGCAUGCUGAGGAUGAUAUGGUUGUGCCAUUCCAACUGGGAAAGAGGCUAUAUGGCACUGCCAUUCAGAUACGACCUAAAGAUGCUGGUCCUGUUGAAUUUGUUCCGUUUAACAGGAGUUACGGAUAUGGACAUAAAUACAUCUGCAGAUCACCUGAUUUGCCACAGAUUAUUUUAAGAUUUAUUAUGCAGGGAAAGUUGGACUGAUAUUUCAAAUGAAUUCCUGGUAUAUGUACGUCACAGGAAUGGAGCAUUACAUUAUACCGCACUUCACGUGAACAAUAACAAGCAUUUGCAGUGGUGUUACCAGCAGACUGUAAUAUUGUUGUGGACCAGGAAGGCAUGAAUUUGAAACAUACAUAGAUUAAAUGUGGUUCCCUAGGCAGUGAACCACAGAAGUGUGUUCAUCAUUUUCCACAUUUUUAAAAAUUUACCUCAUUUUUAUUUUAAAAUUGUAUUUCAAGUUUCAUGUCAGUUCUAAUGUAUGAUUGUGUAAACAAAUCAGUUAGGUAUCCUUCUGUAUUUAAGAUAUAAAUUAUAAUUAAUAUUUCCAGAGUGGAUGAGAAAGUAGGCUUGUAGUUCCUAUUAAUCAAUGAAACUGUUGUAUUAUUGCUCAUAUCAAACUCUUUACAUUAUUUAUUUGCAGUACAGAUCAAUUUUGUGGAUAAUAUUUCAGUUUCAGGAACUGUGAAGUGUACUUUCAUGUCAGUGUGCUGCAUUUGAUGGAUAUUAGGUGAUACUGAUGAUACAUUGUUCAUAUUAAUUCUCUGCUUCAGUAAUUUUUUAGUAUCCACUGUUUCAGUCAGGUGUUGUAUAAGUGUGACAGUGAAAUCCUUUUACAUAUAUAACCAUGUGACCAGUUGUUUACACUGAAUGUAUUUGAGAUAGGUAAGAAUUAAUUUUUGAAGAUGUGUAAGAUUAACUAGGUGGAAUUGAAUGCAAAAUUAAAUGCUGUAUAGGUAGUGUAAAGGAAAGCAUUGUGUAGAGAAUAGGAAACAGAGCUGGUAUGGAUGUCCAAAACAGCUUUUCAGCACAUACCAGCUGAAGGAUAUGAAAGGGGGAUGCACAAACACAGUGGUUAGAAGAACCAUGUUAAGUGAUGGAAGGAAGAAAUAAGACUGGAGUGUUCGGAGUUGCUGAAUAUAUGAGCGGGAAAUGGG